AUGGAGAAAAGUAAUGUAGCUUCCAGUGUGAAAUGGUCUUCCCGAAUUGAAUUUGUUGUAGCGUUACUUGGAUAUUCCAUUGGUAUGCCGGAAUUCUGGAGAGUGCCUUAUCUUACGUUCCGGAAUGGAGGAGGAUCUUUCAUUAUCGCUUACAUCCUCCUGAUGUUAGUGUGCGGGCUACCAUUGUACUUCGUCGAGCUAGCACUGUCCCAGUACUCCGGGAAAGGACCAUGGAGGUUCUGGGAUAUCUGUCCAUUACUGAGAGGAGUGAGCAUAGCUGUAGCCGUCAUUAAUGGUUUGAGUGGUAUCAACGCAGCCAUCCUUGAAGUCUGGGCUUUUGAGUAUUUCGUGAACUCAUUUAAGUCAGUCCUGCCCUGGACAAACUGUGACAAUGACUGGAACACGCCGUCUUGUCUUAGAGACGGUUCACAGACCAGUAGUGAUGUCGUAUCAAUGUAUCACAAUGUCAGCAACUACAAUAGAAACACAUAUAACUUUAUCGAUAAAUCCUGGACCACAGAACGAAAAAUAAAUAACUCUCUCCAUUAUCCAGUGGAUUCUGUAAACGAAUUCUGGCUGUAUCGGAUUCUGAGAAUAUCGGACGGAUUUGACCACAUUGGAUCUAUUAGCCUUGUGUUUGUUGCCUAUCUAUUUGUGAUGAGGCUGAUCGCCGCAUUCAGUAUGGUUAAAAGUGUCAAAAGCAUAGGCAAGAUAAUGUACGUAACCGCUCUACUACCCAUCAUCUUAGUUCUGAUGAUAUGGAUACGAGCACUGACACUACCCGGUGCUACUAAAGGCAUGUUGUAUUUCAUUUCGACGGAUAUCACAAGAUUAGCUGACUCACAGUUGUGGACCGAGGCAGCAUUCCAAGCCUUUAUGACACUUGGACCUGGCUGGGGAGGACUGAUGAUGAUAGGGGCACACAGCAAAUUCAAAACAAACUGCUUUAGCGCGUCUGUAAUAUCGACAUCAGCGACCUUGACCUUCGGAUUAGUCAAUGGACUCGUUGUGUUUUCCGUACUUGGUGUGAUGUCCGAAGAAGCUGGUGUUCCUAUAAAAGACAUGAUGACCUCAGGUGGUUUUUCCAUUGGGUUUAUCGCCUAUCCCAAAGCCCUGAGUUAUUUCCCUUUACCACAACUUUGGUGCGUUAUUUUCUAUCUGGUCAUUCUACUACCAGGACUGGAUGUUAUGGUGGUUGAUACAGAACCUUUCCUGAUGGUACUUGAAGAGAUGUUUCCAAAGACUUUGAGUCAUCGGAGGAUUCCUUUGCUUACAAUCGUUAGUGUUGUGAUGUUCGUUCUUAGUCUCCCCUUAGCUACACAGGGUGGAGUGUACUUUUUCCUCUUGGUAAACUGGUACACAGGAACCUGGAGCGUUACUCUUAUCUGUUUGGCUGAAUGUGUAAUCUUCGCUUGGAUUUAUGGUGCCCACAGGAUCGAUCGUGACGUCCGCUUGAUGAUUGGUCGCCCACUCCCUGUCAUCGUCCGCUUCAGCACUGCUUUUAUUAUGCCUGUGUUUCUCACGUGCCUCCUGUUCAUCAGCAUAUUUACCUAUAAACCACCGUCCUUUGGAGAUUAUGAAUACCCUCUGUAUGCUAGAGCUAUUGGAUGGUGUUUUAUACUCAUGGCCAUCUUGCCAAUUCUAAUGUUCUGUGUGUGGAUCAUCAGCAAGGAAGAAGGAUCAUUGCAUAAUCGACUUCAACAUCUGUUACGGCACACAGCACAGUGGUCACCAGCCUCCGAGAAGGUCGAGGACGUACACAGGGCAACAGAAUUGAUGGCGAACUUUACAUGGAAACAACUCUUUUGGUUUAAUUUAACAGGGAAAGGGGGUAUCAUCAUCGACAAAAGAAAGGAAGACGUGCCAAUGUUGUAA